AGCGUGAUCGGUGUGAACGAAUCGCGCCCACUCCUCUUUCGCAGCACGUUGCUCCUUUGCGUGCGUCGGCAUCCGAGUUCAACGACAUGGCACAUCCGCUCACCCUCGAUUCGGUCUGGCUAGACAAGGCCAAGUAUGACGAUGCCGAAAAGCAGUACCUGUGCUACUUGAACAGGGAUCAGCUUGCCAAGGCUAAGGCGUCUUCCCAAAGCUCCCAAAGUUCCUCUCUAGUCGAUAAGAUAGCCCAGGCUCGGCAACAAAUUAAAAACUCUCUCCAGUCAGGUGAUGCGCUUGUCAAGUCUGGCAGCUCCUCUCACGAUGAUGCCUUCCAAAAAAAGAUUCUGCAGCAGCACAGCGAAAUGAAAAACACACUGCAAGAAGUCCUAGCAGCCAUGCGCAAGAUGGAGGCGCGCAUCACAGAACUUGAGAAGCUUUGCCCAACCACAGGCACUGUGCCAGCAGCCAAGGUAGUGGCCCCUCAGGCUAAGGUUGCCAACCAUGUCCCUGCCAAAAAGGAGGCGGCGGAUGACGAUGACGACAUUGACCUCUUUGGUUCAGAAGACGACGAGGAAGCAGACAAGGCGAGGGAAGAGCGUUUGAAGGCAUACCAGGAAAAGAAGUCCAAAAAGCCUCAGGUGGUUGCCAAGUCUAACAUUGUGCUAGACGUGAAGCCCUGGGAUGAUGAGACUGACAUGAAGGCCAUGGAGGAGAACGUGCGACGCAUCGAGAUGGACGGCCUGCUCUGGGGAGCCUCAAAGCUCGUGCCUCUGGCCUAUGGAAUCAAGAAGCUGCAAAUUGUUUGUGUUGUAGAGGAUGACAAGGUUAGCAUUGAUGAGCUCCAGGAGAAGAUCGAGGGCAUUGAAGACUUGGUACAAAGUGUGGACAUUGCUGCAUUCAACAAGAUCUAAGCCUGACAUCCGAAUUGCUUAAUAAAUUGUGACCCUUUUUGCACAACAUAAA